AUGGGCAGUUGUUAUGUAACAUCCAGAAAUGUCACAGGCUGCAAAUUUUUGGGUAUUCCAUAUGCCGAAGCUCCAGUUAAUGAACUACGCUAUCGUCGUGCUGUUCCGAAGAAGCCUUGGAAGGAGACUGUAAAUGCAGUAAACUUCAAAGCCUCCUAUGCCAACAAUUAUGUAAUGUCUGAAGAUUGCUUGCAUAUCAACGUUCUUACAAAUGAAUUUUGUCUUAAGAACAAAAACUGUCCUGUAAUUUUCUAUAUUCAUGGCGGUGACUUUCUUUACGAUACUCCAGUAAUGUUUAACAUUAGUUUUCUGGUAGAUCUUAUAGAAGCAUUAAAUUGGGUGAAUACAGAAGUACAGAAUUUUGGUGGCAAUCCGAAUAGAAUUACACUGAUGGGUCACAGUGCCGGUGGUUCAGCAGUCAAUUAUGUAAGAAUAAUAAAAAACAACUUUUUUUCAACUUGUCCAUAUCAAAUAACAGUGCUUCCAAAACAAUUAUCAGAACUGCGUACGAAACGACAGCCAAUAAAUGUUCUUUUUGGGAGCACAAAAUACGAAUAUAUGAGAACGAUAUACUUGUUGAAAAACGACCAUGGUGUACUGAAAGUAAACUUGGAUUUGCUGCACAAAAAAUGCUUAGAAGUCAUGAAAGAUUUCGACGUUGCAAACUUUCACGGGGCUGUAGAAGCAUGUUCGAGAGAAUACUCACAACGAACUUUUACCGAAGCUGAUGAAAUUAUAAGGCAAAAAUUCUCACAAAUCAUUGUUAAUUUUGCUAAAACUGGCGAUCCUUCUGGUCCUGAUUAUAAGUGGACUUGUCUGAAUACAGCGGUUAACAACUACUUUUCGAUUGAUUUCGACCAGAAUCUCAACUUUAUUGGUAUGAAAAGAGGCUAUCAUAAGCAGGCAGUAACCUUUUGGAACAAUACGGUAUUUGGGUAUGCUUUUGAUUUUGUAACAUCUGAAACGAGUGACGGUGAUGCUUCAAAAGAUCUAGACUCUAAUAUUAAAACAGGUGGUAUUUUACAAAUAGAGCAUGUUAUUUUUUGA